GGCGCGGAAGCCGCCAGCCGGCGCGAGCCACCAGCGCCCGGGCGGGUCAGCUGUGUCCGGAGCCGGGCGCCCAAAGCGGGGCAGCCCCCAGGGAGGAGCCCCGGCGGCUGGGACGCGUGCCCUGCACUGGCACGACCCGGGCACCAGCCAGGCUGCACGAAAACUUGCUGCGUGCCCUCCUCGCUUGCUCUACGAUGAGUGCCAAAUCUGCCAUCAGCAAGGAAAUUUUUGCACCUCUUGAUGAAAGGAUGCUGGGAGCUGUCCAAGUCAAGAGGAGGACAAAGAAAAAGAUUCCAUUCUUGGCAACUGGGGGUCAAGGCGAAUAUUUAACUUACAUCUGCCUGUCAGUGACAAACAAGAAACCCACACAGGCGUCCAUCACGAAGGUCAAACAGUUUGAAGGCUCCACGUCGUUUGUUCGGAGGUCGCAGUGGAUGCUCGAGCAGCUUCGCCAGGUUAAUGGAAUCGAUCCUAACCGGGAUUCUGCAGAGUUUGAUUUGUUGUUUGAAAAUACUUUUGACCAGUGGGUCGCCAGCACAGCCUCAGAAAAAUGCACCUUCUUCCAGAUCCUCCACCACACCUGCCAGAGGUACCUCACAGACAGGAAGCCGGAGUUUAUUAACUGUCAAUCAAAAAUUAUGGGAGGGAACAGCAUCCUCCAUUCGGCUGCCGAUAGCGUGACCAGCGCAGUGCAGAAGGCCAGCCAGGCCUUGAAUGAGCGUGGAGAGCGGUUAGGCCGGGCAGAGGAGAAGACAGAAGACAUGAAGAACAGCGCCCAGCAGUUUGCAGAAACUGCGCACAAGCUUGCCAUGAAGCACAAAUGUUGAGAACCUACCUGUCCUGGUGACCCUAAGAGAAAUGGAAGAGAUUGUUCAGCAGUUUUUGCAAGAAUUCUGGACCUCCACUUGCUUCUUUUUUUCCAAUAUAUGGACAUUUAGAGUUUGUUUUUCCUUUUCAGACAUUAAUACAAAAGGAAAGGUGAUGUGUUUAUACAUUCCCCCAGUGAUCCUGCUAGGAAACGCUACAGUAACAUCAGCUUCAUGUUGCUUUUGUUCUUCCCGGUGGAGUUUGUGUGAGUGUACGCACGCAUGUGUGUAUGUGUGUGUAUGUGUGUGUGUGAGAGAAAGAGAAUGUAUUUUUCUUUUUUUGAAAAAAAUUUUUUUGUAGUUUGGAUAUAAAAUUUGGACAUGAUAAACUGUGCUGUCUCUAAAUGGCAUCAUGUAUUUUCCCCUGAUUAGAAGCAGGAGCAUAUUUUCAUGUGGCGACAUCAGAUAUUAUUGUUCCAGGUGAGAAUAAAAAUCAAGCAGUUAUUGAGUCUCCUCACUCUCCAGCUACUCUCAAUAUGCAGCAUAAAAUUAGAAUUGUGUAUCCGAAGACAUGACUGUAUUAUGGGAAACAUUUGGAUUUAUCAGGGGAAACAGCAGUCUUAGAUUUUGCUCAUUGCUUAGUAAUCUUUUGCAUGAACCAUCACCAGCAUUCAAAAAAGAAAAA